GGGCCCCGCUCCUCCGGGGCCUCCCCCUCGGGCGCUCUCGCGCUAACUGUGCUCCUCUGGAACCCCUCCGCCUGCUCCCAGCCAUGGCCUGGUGCUCGGUGUUCCUCGUCUGUUUCGCUUUCUCCUUGGCCUCCCUGGUCCAGAGAGGAUCUGGGGACUUUGGUGAUUUAAAUCUGGAAGAUGCAAUUCUAGAAACUUCCUCAACAAAGCAGAAAUGGGACCGUGUCACCACCACCACAACCAAGAGGCCUGGAACUACAAGAGCUCCAGCAAAUCCUUCAGGCAAUGACUUUGACUUGCUUGAUGCUCUUGGUGAUCGAGAUGAUGGCCGCAGGAGACCGAGCACAGCGCAAGGAGAGAGAUGGGACCGCGUCACCACAACAACAACCAAGAGGCCAGCAACCCCCAGAGCUCCAGUAAAUCCUAUAGGAAAUGAUUUUGACUUGGCUGAUGCCUUAGAUGACCGGAAUGAUCGAGAUGAUGGUCGCAAGAGACCGAGCACAGCGCAAGGAGGUUUUUCAGACAAGGAUCUUGAAGACAUAGUAGGGGGUGGUGGUUAUAAACCUGACAGGAAUAAAGGUGAUGGCGGAUAUGGCAGCAGUGAUGACCCUGGAUCUGGUAUGGUGGCAGAGACCGGCACCAUCGCUGGGGUGGCCAGCGCCCUGGCCAUGGCCCUCAUCGGCGCAGUCUCCAGCUACAUUUCCUACCAGCAGAAGAAGUUCUGCUUCAGCAUUCAGCAGGGUCUCAAUGCAGACUAUGUGAAGGGAGAGAACCUGGAAGCCGUCGUGUGUGAGGAACCCCAAGUGAAGUACUCAGCGCUGCACACGCAGUCUGCAGAGCCACCACCUGACGUGGCCCGGAUCUGAGGGUCCUGUUCAGCAGCAGGUGCCACCGCUUGUGACUCGGCUCUUUCAUUUGGCCCCACAGCUACUGUGCUGCUCAUUCGAUGUCACUGGCUCCUUGUUGUUUUAAGCUUUCUGGAUGAGUCCUGGGUGCUCGUGAGUUUGGUUUCUGUGCCCUCCACGUGGGGGUGUCCACCCUGCUGCAGGGGCUUUGAUUUGUGCUGACAUUCAAGAGCCAACUGUAGCACAGAGACAGCCUUGGACACUGCAGGGUCAUCGCUCCCCAAAGCUGACCUGGCCCCAGCCUUACUGAGCACAGGGUGGGAGGAGGCCGUGACAGGGGAAGAGGAUGCUGGGGAAGACAGAGGACAUGCACACUUAGGGAACAGGAGCUUCAACCAGGACCCCGUGAUCCCCUGCACGCUGGAGUGGCUCACUGGGGGUUUCUGCCAUAGGUAGCCCCUGGCAGAGACCUCAGAGCUCCGGGACCCAGCCAGCACCUGGUGCACUAGCAGUCUGGGCGAGAAGUGAAGCAGCCAGCACCGAGUGACACACCACCCAGGCGGCACCCAGGGCAGGGUUUUCAUUUUAGUCUUUCUUUCCCAUCCAGGUUUUAUGUUGGUGGGCUUCCAGAGAGCCGAUCCCGGUGGAGGCUGUUCAGUUCUUUAAGUGCAAAUAUGCAUCUCAUGAUAGUCCUGCCCUGAAAAUUUGGGAAUCUUUUGGAUAAGUAGCAAACUGGGACUUGCAGGCCUGAUUCCCAGCUGAUUCAAUAGGAGAUGGGGUGUGUUUUAAGGCUGUGUGUGUGCUUAGUCUUAAGACUAAGGCGUUUUAAGACUAAGGUGUGCUUAGUCUUGGGGAAUCAUCACAUUGGAAACAUUUUAGACUGGGCAGGGGAGGUGCUCCGCUUACUUAGCCAGCAGGAGCUAGACGAAUAAGCCUCAGACGCUGAAGCAUGCCUGUUUGGGGGAAAAAAAUCUAUGGGGGAGGAGGGGCAAGGGACGCUCACUUGGUUAAGCGAGAGACACCUAACUUGGCAGCCCCGUGGCCAGCCCGCCGCCUGUUCAGAUGAAGAGCACGUGGGCCUGAGCUCACUUUGGCAGACAGCAACUUGCCCCUCACCUGUCCUGGAGCUGCCUGGGUUGGGCUGGACCGGACCGGAGCUGGCUUCCCAGAGUAUUCCUUUGGAUCCUAUGUAGCUCUGUACUAGUGAGCUCUUCUGUGGAAGACUGAGCUGGGGUCUACUGUUACUCUGUUUGCCACGUCACAAAGCACUUAUGAAAGCAGAAUGUGAGUCACGGACAGGCAGGAUCCUAUUUACAAAACUCCUCGGCCUCUUUAGCCUAUGUGGCAGCCCCACAUGCUCUACAGGCUUUUUAAAGAAACCCCUGGAAUCCGCAGCCCCCACAUGCUCUCUGAUGCAUGCCUCGUGUGUUCAUUGUUUUAAAAGCUACCCAUGGUAGGAGGGUAGCAUUUAUAGCACUGGUCUCAAAGCUGCCCCUCUGGGCUAUCUCCAGUGUGUGCCUGUGGGCAUCAAAACACCCCUCCUCCUGCUCAGCCCUGUGAGACCAGCAGGCCAGGACUGGGCCAAAAGGGGCUAAGUCACUGGGCAGGAGCCAUGGAGGGAGGAAGCUGUGGUCUGGCCCCGAGAAGCUCCCUGUCCUUUUGGAAUGUAAUUAGCAAGGUACACGUUGCUUGCAAGAUGGGCCUGUUUCCAGGGCUUCCCACCUUUGUUGGCUAGGUUGUCAGGUUUGAGCCUCCCUGACACCAAGGACACUGGUCUCAUCCCAGCUGGUGCUGGGUUAGAGGUGGCUUCAGAGAAUUUUUGAACCCAUAGCUUGUUGCUACCUACACAGCGUGGCCUCAGGACGGGGGUUUCCACCUUACUUUUAUGGUGAGGCUUAUCCAAUGGCAAAGACCUGGAAGACCUAGAGCUGUGACAUAAACAUUGUGCAACCAUGUGCUCAGUAGCGCCGGCUUCAAUUACGAAAUGGCCUCUUUGCCCUCCUCUAGCUGGGCACCUUCUGCACAAAGCUCAUGGCCCUUCUCCCAGGCCUGCACGUGGCAGACGUGCCCAGAGGACCCCGCGACCUUCUGUGUGCAGGGCACUCAUCCCAUGGGCAGCUCCUUUCCACAGGCAUUUUAGCCCUGCUGGGCACUGUCGCCUGUGGAAGCCUGGGAGUCUCUUGUAACUGCCCAUCUGAAGGUGUAUAUACCAGCUUAGGCCUGUCCCGGGUGAUGAGAGAGAACUACAAGGGCCAAUUGAAAAGACCCAAUUGUGUCAGCUUCAUUUGGCAGCAAAAACUGCACACACUGCAUAGUGUCAGUCAGCACUCAAGGACAGUAAGCCGAGGGCCAGGGAAGCCUGAGGGAGGCUCACUGGCUUAGCCCCUGGGCAGGCGUUGGUACCAGUGCUCUGAGGGGGAAAUGGGAAUUGAUCUCACAAUCCCCUGUAUCUCUAUUUAUUUAUGUACUUGUGUCCAGGUAUGAAUUGUAAACUGUCUAGUGUUUGCAUUAAAUAAAAUGGCACCUCGCAGAUCCCCAGA